UCAGGGUACUUUCAGUUCCGUUUGGAUACCCGAUCACAGAACGAGGCGGUUUUCUCCCUCCCAUCCCCCUUCUCACUCUCUCUCUCUCUCUCUCUUUCUCGCUUUUUCAUUCGCCCACUAACGUUCUCUCUCUAUCACACACACACACACACACACUCUCUCUCUUUCUCCUACAAUCACGGAAUCUCCGUCCUUCUCCUUGGAGUUCCCCCUCGCUCUGUCUACCUAGCUGUUGCCCCUUUGGCUCUAUCCGCGCACACGCCUCGCUUCUGUCCGCUUCGCCUUUUUCUCGACCGCUGUCUCAGUCUACCGCGAGUCGCCUACGUCUGCUUGCAGACCCGCGCGUGUCACAGUGCACCAUCGUCAUCGAAGGAUCAUUCGGUCGGACACCGGCCUGACUCUGCCACGUCGUAGCGGCCGGUGGGUGCGAUAUGUCGGCUACUCGUGUCUUGUGCGGGAAAACGCGAACAACGUUGCCGGAACGUCGUUGAACUCCCUCUGUCCAAGACCACCAUGGACAUCGAAUAGGGAUGCUGUCCACCGAGAACGAUGCUAGUACCUUGUCGCGUACGAGAAAGGUUAAACGAAGUGGAUUUCACGUAGAUAGGGAGCAGCACGCUUGGCCAAGUUGCCUGGAUACGGGCGAGCACCGUGUUGCGCUCCGGUGAAGUAGGAGGAAGCGAAAGGAGAGGUGGUGCUAAUACACGAAAGGAUGGAGGGUGCGGUGGACGGUAGUGGGACGAAGAAGACGAUGCACGAGGCCGAACAGGCUACCAACGCAGGCUCGUGCUGCGUCCAACAAUCGCGAUAGCAUAGUAGCAGCCUUCUUCGGAUACAAUCGCGUGUAUGAUAAUCUCACGAGAAGCGUUGCUCGUCGAAGCAACACUGUGGCUGGCCGGCUGCUCUCUAAUAAUUUGCCUCGCUUCCUCGCCAAACCUCGAAGAUGUGCUUGUGUCUCUGAUAGUGAAAGGAAUACGUAACACCUGUGAAUCGAGUGUCUAGCAAAAAAGAAACUCGUGAAACUUUUUCUCCCUUUGUAUACGCCGAGCUGGAUAACAACGAGCCUUUUCUAAACAACGCCAGGAUAGGGGGUUGGCGUGCUAUUGAUAAAUGGUGGCAGGCGGCUGAUGCCGGAAACAAUUGUAGGAGUUUCCUAGAAUGCUGAACGACCGAGAGGACCUAGAACUCUAGCCGUCUGUCAUUGGACUGGAAGAAAGUUCCACACCUCUUAUCGUGCAUAGUGAUGAUGGUUGUAUGUGUACGUACGAGUGAUUAUGAUGUUUCGAGUCAGUGAUAGAAGCGAAUUGGCGGGUAACCGUUCGUGACGGUGACACGUAAACAGUGAAGUGAACAGAAUACCGAAAGCCUUUUGCCAAUAGGAGAUGGCAAGUCUGCAGAAUUCAUUCGCGAUGGCGAAUCAGACGAGAGCUCUGACACAGAUGCGAAUAAAGCUUUGUAUGGUCAGCGCUGGUCUCCAAAUAGUCCUUUUGCUCACCGUCCUACCUCAAGAGAGUCUGUGCGGACAACACGAGAAACGUUUAUUGAAUACGCUGCUGUCGACAUAUAACACCCUCGAGCGGCCUGUUGCCAACGAAAGCGAGCCUCUCGAAGUGCGAUUUGGCAUCACGUUGCAGCAAAUCAUAGACGUGGAUGAGAAGAACCAGAUAUUGACGACGAACGCGUGGCUCAAAUUGGAAUGGAUGGACUACAACCUCCAAUGGAACGAAUCCGACUACGGAGGCGUGAAGGACCUUCGAAUUACACCAAACAAGCUUUGGAAGCCAGACAUACUCAUGUACAACAGUGCGGAUGAGGGUUUCGACGGGACGUACCAAACAAACGUGGUGGUCACGCAUAACGGCAGUUGCCUGUACGUUCCUCCGGGCAUCUUCAAGAGCACUUGCAAGAUAGACAUCACUUGGUUCCCCUUUGACGACCAACACUGUGACAUGAAGUUCGGAUCCUGGACCUACGACGGCAACCAGGUGGAUCUGGUGCUGAGUUCAGAAACAGGCGGUGAUCUGUCCGAUUUCAUUACGAAUGGAGAAUGGUACCUUAUUGGUAUGCCAGGGAAGAAGAAUACAAUAACCUAUCAAUGUUGCCCCGAGCCAUACGUGGACGUGACGUUCACCAUACAAAUUCGUAGGAGGACCCUGUAUUAUUUUUUCAACCUGAUCGUGCCAUGUGUGCUGAUAUCAAGCAUGGCUCUUCUUGGUUUCACAUUGCCACCAGACUCCGGGGAGAAGCUCACCUUAGGAGUGACGAUUCUGCUGUCGCUGACAGUAUUCCUGAACCUCGUGGCAGAAAGCAUGCCGACGACCUCGGACGCAGUUCCCUUAAUAGGAGUGACCAUCUUGUUAUCGCUGACGGUGUUCCUGAACCUUGUCGCCGAGACUCUGCCUCAGGUCUCCGACGCUAUACCUCUCUUAGGGUCAUACUUCAAUUGCAUCAUGUUCAUGGUGGCGAGCAGCGUAGUAUUAACGGUGGUGGUGCUAAACUUUCAUCACAGAUCACCGGACAGAUACGUGAUGCCACAAUGGAUAAAAACGUUGUUUUUACAAUGGCUGCCAUGUUUACUGCGCAUGAGUCGUCCGGGGAAGAUCACCAAGAAAAAUAUCCUGAUGAGCGGCCGGAUGAAGGAUAUGGAGCUACAGGAAAGAAGUAGCAAGAGUUUACUAGCGAAUGUUUUAGACAUCGACGAUGACUUUCGUCACAGAAACAGCGGAGCAAAUCCUCCUUCCGGUUAUAUAAGGUCGACGUACGGCACACCGUUGUCCACUGGAAGACCAGCGACGGUCGAGGAUACGUCGGCGUCGUUACCUCUUAGCGUUAUGCAAGAGGAAUUGCAUACAAUUCUUAAGGAAUUACGGUUCAUUACGGAUCGUAUGAAAAAAGCGGACGAGGGUGAUGAAGUAAUUAGCGAUUGGAAAUUUGCCGCCAUGGUGGUGGACAGGCUUUGUCUGUACACAUUCACGUUGUUCACGGUUCUGGCCACGAUAGUCAUAUUGUGUCGUGCGCCACACAUAAUCGUCCAAUAAAUAGACUGCCCCGGUCAAGUCACCGAAAAUAUGCACAAAAAUUGCCAAAGAAACGACGACACGUGGAUUUCGAGGAGGCUGCAACGGGAGAGCCUGACGAAGACAACCAUCUUCCUUGCUUUAUAUCUCCCUCUUCUCGCUCUCCCAUCUCUGUUCUCCCGUUUUCUUCUCCGGCCAACGAAAACGGAGAAAUUGGACGCGGAGCUUCCGGUUGAGCGAAGAGGAAGCUGAAGAGAAGAGGAUGUUCCGAUCUGUAAAAAAAGGAUCAAUUUCUUCAAGUAGGAAUGAAAUGUCACGGGAGGAGGACAGAGACGCCUCGACAUUACUGUUGACAAUACACGGCCACGUUGUGCGUUCACUUUCUUCGGUUACCCUAACUUAAACCUAAUUAAUAGACCGCUGUCACCUUUCUCUCCGGAUAGAUAAAAAUCAAUGUUCGUCAUUCAAAUCAUUUCGGAUGAUUUUCUCUCUUUUUUUCUCUCCCUGCAGGAAUUCGAGAAACGGUGCUGUACAUUUCUUCGGGAGAACGUUGUCGCGGCCUUUUUCAAGCAUAGAGAAUGAACAACAAUAAUAGUAAUAAUAAUAACAACAAGAGAAACAACAAUAAUAAUCGUAAUAUUAAUUACUGUUAAGGAUUAUUGAAUGAUACUAUUAACGAUACUUGUGUUAAUAAUGAGAAUAAUAAGGAUUACAUAUUGCUUUGAUAAGGGGUUACAAUCGCCCUGUAUGGAUCACUCGUGGAACUGAUACGGUCUUUAUAUUACUGCCAUAAGAUACUCGAGACAGGGGUGUCCAAUGUUCUCAAGAAUUUGUAUCGUGGAAGAUUGAUAUGUUAGGAAACCUACGUACCCGAAGGCCAUAGAUCUACAGUCUUAGAUAGAAGAAUUUUAUAACUUCAAGAACCCAUGGUGGAAUUUGAAAAAUCGUCCUGGGCUCGAUGGUAAAAUCUGUUUUUAAAAAAAUCUGAUUCUAAAAUAUUUUUGGAUUUUCUUUUCUCAAUAAAAUGGCAGAGCCACAGGUGCUUCACGGUAUUUACUUUUGAAGAGAGCGCCUAAGUAUAAUCACUGUGAGGCAGAUGUAGCUAUGCCAUUUUAUUGAGAAAAGAAAAUCCAAAAAUAUUUUAGUAUACCUACCGUAAGAUAUGUACACCAAAAUGUAUUGAAUCAGAUUUUUCAUUAAGUCCACGAUUUCUAUUUAAAAAAAAAUCAUCAAAGAUGCUUUAAUAAUUUUUUUAGAUUCAAAGUGGUGCAAUUAUUUUCAAUUCCUUGCAGUUCACUGAAAAAAAUUUCAGUUUCCUUCAACUUAACUAUCGCGUAUAUAUCUGUCAACUAGUAACCAUUUGUCACUAAUGAUUUCUUUAAAAAUUAAUCCGACCAAUUUACACGAAAACGUAAUUCUUCUAAUUGUAAAUCAGUUGCAAAUCAGUAGGAAUUGAGCGGAAUGAAAUAACAGACAAAAAACUGCCAGGUUGGACAACCCCUGCUUUCCGUACAGACACGAAUCUGAGUUAUCGAAGAAUAUUCUGAUGAAUGAUUUUUCAAUUGAACUGGGAUAAAGGUGUUUGAUCGCGCGAUUAAAGCAUACCCUGCUUGCCACUUAAUUUUACCGACCAUAAAGAAGUACUUCAAUGACUGUACAAGGAUAUGAAUUUCCUCUUUGAAAAAAAAUCAAAAGAAAUUUAAUUUUCUAAUUAAUUUACCAAAAUUAUUGUGGUCUUAACAAAUUAAUUUUCAAUCUUCAAUAAAUUGAAAUUGCUUUUUAGAAAAUUGAUAAACAAGUAAAUUAUCAUUUGAAACUUUUUUUCUAAAUAAAAUUUGAAAAUAAAUAGAUAAUUAAAUUCAUUUGCUGUCCUAUUUACGAUGGAUUAAGGUGGAAAUACAAAUGUAAAAAGAAAUAUUGAAUAGCUGAGGACACUCGACAGGAUCUUGGAGACUGUCAUUCGUUGAAGAGGCUUUUGACUAUAAUCGACGAAAGAUAAUGGCACAGUUUCCGGUAAACGUGGAGAACUCCUCAAACGUAAUUAGCUACUUGAUAAAAGAAACUUUAACUCCGGCAAGAAUUCCCCUGCCUUUGAAUAAACUGAAAUCCUUUAUUUUAAUAAAUAUCACGUUUAUUUCAAGAACUGAAAAACUAACAUUUUUUCCAAUUCACCAUCGUAAACAACGAAUGUAAAAUUAAGAAAUAUUAAUCAAAAAUUUUGUUAUAAAUAAAAUAACAAAUAACUGGAGGGCAGAAGUACAGUCAUUGAUUUUCGAAUCGCACAAAAAUACCAAUGAAUGUUUAUUUAAUUAUCGUGACUUGAUAUAUAUUUCCAGUAGCAUGGCUGUACGGAAUGAAAGCGAGAGAGAAAGAGGGUAUAGUAUUAAAGUCGUGUAAUAUCAAUCGUUGGAUAAUUUGGGAAUAAAAGAAAUUCUUUUUUAAUUCGAAAGAAUGAAGAAAAUUUUUCUUUUGGAGCCAGUCAAGGAGAUGAAGUUUAUGUCAAAUUUGUGUAAUCAUUUUUUAUGAAAAUUUAAUUACUUUUAUAUCAUUUAAAAAAAAAUAAUAAUUUUUAUUUCUUCUCACAAAAUCCAUCAUUUUAUAUUACACGACCAGAUAAUACGAUUGUUCUAAAUAACGUGAAACAAAACAUAAUAAUUAAUAAAUAAUAAUGAAUAACUUCGAGGUGUUCUGACUAAAUACUCAAAUAGAAAUAAAUGUACAUAGAAAAAACAUGUUUGCAUGGCGUGGGACUCAAUACAUCAAUAGCAUUGUAAUUAAGUACGGUGUCAUUAAUUAAAUUUAAGAUUAAUUAAUUUACACUAGAACUUUAAAGUAAUAAUAUUCAGAGGGUAAUAAACCAAAGAACUUUCUAAUAAAGUGUCACGUUGAAAUUUUCUCAAAAAUAUUCGUCGAUUUUUGUUCGAAUGAGGUGAAAUCAAAAAAAAAAAAAAAAAGAAAAAAAAAAGAAAAAAGGAAAAAAGAAAACGGAAUGGAGUGAAUCGCCAUAACUUGAGAAUUUUUCCAAAUUUUCUCUUGGGAAGCUUUACUUCCGUCUUAUUGCUCGUAAUCACCGACAAUCAUUAAUUGCGAUGAAUGAAAUUGUGAUAAUUAUUUAAUGAUUUCGUUGUGGCGAUUGAGUGGUCAGUUUCGAAAACAACGAAAUAAUCAUUGAAAUCUUAAUAAAUAUACCUAUUUCAUCGAACAAGAUCGACAAUUUUGAUGAUUUAACAGAUUCGCGUGAUAUCGCCUGCUGAAUGUCCAGCAUUUGAAUGUUGAGGCACACAGCAAUCGAAUCGCUUCUCAAUUAAAUUCGUCAUCUUUAAUUUCUUUUUUUUAAUUAAAAGUCAACGAAUAAGAAUUUUUGGAAAAUUUCUAAAUAUUAUUGUAUUGGCAAAAACACGUGACACCUGAAAAUUUAGGAGAUAAUUAAUUGUAAUAAUAAGGGAGUCAAAAUUUUGAUAACGAAGAUGAUACGAAUGCUCAUUCUCAAAUAUCGAGCCUAUCAAUUAUCAAUUAAGACAAAUUUCUAUCGUUUAAGGGGUUUUGAAAGCGUUCAGAAGAAAGGAAUUCAGAAUAAAAAAAAAAAUCAUUGUCCACCGGAAGACGUCAUCGUUAACACUACCAUUACAACUAUUAACUAUUAACUAUAAAUGCUACCACUACUAGUACUAUUGAAAACGUUAUUAUUAUUGUUAAUAUUAUUGUUGUUAUUAUUAUUCUCAUCAUCAUUGCUGUUUAUCAUCAUCGUUAUUGUUAAUACGAAAAAUAAAAAAUCGUCAUUGCUAUCGCUGCUAUCAUUAUUGCUGCUGCACAAAAAAAAAGAAAAACCAAAAAAAAAAGAAAACAAAUAAACACGAUUAAAC